AUGUCGCUAGAGGAAAUUAAACAAGAGGCUAUCAAGAAAAGGCGCAGGCGAGGGCGGCGCCGCUUCCUGGCUUCUCGUGCUCACCCUCGUGAUGCGGCUGUUAUGGGCGGUCAACUGAAGCAAAUGCCGCGCUUCCGGCCACCGAACGCUGCGCUAGCAGUUUUAAGGAGAGCAAGAGAAACCGCUGCUGCAGCUGCACAGGCAGCCGCAGACGCCGCUGCACUUAUUGAGCAAAAUAGAGCUGAACAGGCACAUUUCGGGCCACCGCCGCCAUUCAGACGAAGUCGCCGCGGCAGACGCAGGGGACGUGGAGGCCGUGGGGGCGCAGCUGCCGGACAGACAGGUACGUCAAGGUCGGAUGAAGAGCCACCAAAGACGCAUCGUCAACGAAAAUCUGCUUCUUAUUGGGCUCGACGACGUGAAAAGCGGCGAAUGCGCCGCGCUCAGGCCAUGAGUGAUCCGUACUUUUACGAUCCGCCUCCGAUGGAACCUUACCGUUUUCCACCCGAGCCCUAUCAACCUGUCUUAGAUGACUAUCCCGGAAUGAUGAGUUACCGGGGUUAUGAUUGGCAAGACUUAGGGCCUGGUCCUGAACCUGGUUUUAUGCACCAACCUGACAGGUUCGCCGGGCCAGGCCAUGCCCGCUAUGCACCGUCGCGUGACGACGAGUACUUGGCCCAGGCGCGUGCCUUGAUUCAGGCACAGAACGAGCAGCUGAAUCCAGGUUAUCGUCCACCUUUUGAACCCUGGCCAUGCCCAGCCCCGUUCAUACCCGGAGAAGAGUGGGGUCCGCGCUCUCACAUGCGAAGCUCCAGAUGGUAA